ACUUUGACGUGGCGUCGCUGUCCGCCCCGGGCAGAGAAAACCAGCACGGCUGUUGCUCGGUGUCGGUUGUGGGAGCCCGUUUUACUCUCGGCGUUUACCGGAUUUAAAGCACCGUUAAAAAACAAAAAACUCGAGCGUUAACACGAGCGGCGCUGACCGGUAACGAUGAACGGUAAGUCGAGCAACGGUUCGGCGGGAGGGAUGGCCUGUAUCGAGGGUCUGCCCCCGCUGCCGAAGAGCCUGAGCGGCUUGCUGAACUCGAGCGGCGGCUCCUGGAGAGACAUGGAGAGGAUGUACGUGAAGAAGACCAUGAUCCAGGACGACCUGAGCCGAGGCAGGAACAACACCGACAACCUGCUGGCCAACAAGCCGGCCAACCUCGACGCUGCCCUGGCUCUCCUGAGGAAAGAGAUGGUGGGUUUGCGUCAGCAGGACAUGUCCCUGCUGUGCCAGCUGUGGUCGCUCCACGAGUCCAUCCAGGAGUACAAGGGCAGCUGCCAGGACCUGAGCGCCGCCUCCACCCUCAGCAUGAUGGAGAACGGCUACUUCGACGAGGACGACGAGUACUACCCGGAGCCGGGCGCCACUCCCACCGGGGAGCAGCCGGACGGCGAGGUCGGGGACGGCGCGGCGUCGGCCAAGAACGGGAGCGGCGUCGGCAAAGACGACAGCUGGGACUCCUUUCACGUCACCAUCUGAGGCCUCUUUCUCAGCGUUCUUCUGCAGAUGGAUGCACAUUUGUUGGGGUUGGAGGGGGACUGAAGCACUGAGUUAAGCUGGAGGGAAACCUUUCGGCCUCCCGGAGAAGGAACCUGAAUGGUUAGAGAGAUAGCGGUUAAUUGGUGUCUCCUCGCCGUAAUAGACUAUAAAUAUAAAGCUCCAGCUUAACUUGGACUCCUCCUCAGGUGAAACGCACCCUGCUUGUGCUGCAGAAGGUUUUAUUUUGGGGGUCGGGUGGUUGAACACCUCCUCAAACUCAGGAGUUGAGAUGGAUCGUCGACUCCACAUACUCAGAAUUAGGCAAUAUACAUAUAUAUCUAUAGAUAUAUCUAUAGAUAUAUAUGAUUUCUGCUUCUAUAUCAAGUGUUUUUCGCCCCUUUUUUUUGGCCGAACUUUUUUUUUUACAUAUACAAAAAUAUAUGAACAAAAGUUGUAUUAUUUAUUAUAUAAUAUAAAUAACAAGAUAUUUGCUUUCCUGUUACUCUCUGUGGACAUUUUUUUUUUUGUUUUGUUUUUGUACUGCAACUCUACCCGGGUACAAGGGUUCAGCAUUUACAGGUUGCAGGGAAUUGGGACUUUACAGGUGAAAUCAGAGGAUGGGACCUCUUAACUCUGCAGUUACACGCCGGUGGAGACGGUGUGUGUGUGUGUGUGUGUGUGAGACUCAUUUACGUAAACCCAGAAGGUCUCGGACAGAAACUGUGAGACCUCCGAGAAUGAGGAGAAAGAGGUGAAAUCCUCUUUUUCUUCGAUGGAGCUCGUAUUCGCUCUGAAAAUGUGAAACGUUCAAAGAUGCUGGAGAUAGUUCGCUUCCCCUGAAACCCUUCAAAGCUUCUGAGUGCUCGGACACAUUACGGGGGACGACGCUCCGGCUCUGUUCUUCCUGCCCGGGUGGUUUUUAAAAGUUCCCAGAUGGCUUCGAUCGGGCUGAUGGUGUAUUAUGCUGUAAUCCCUUUUUUUCAUGAUGCAUCCACUGGGUGUUGUUUUCAUAGUUCUGGCCGUCGUUCCCAUCGAUAAUCAGAUCUGGGAACGUCGCUAAACAGAGUCUCCGUGUGCAGUAUUACCCUCACCGAUCGGGAUUCACGUGGGAAACUAUGAAAAUAAGACUCAGGUUGUAGUGAACAACAGUUCUCCUGCACAUGCUCAGUAGCCAGCGUCCAUUUAAAAUAACUUAUUAAGCUUUUUUCUCUCCACAUAACCAGCUUUUUACUCUUUAAUAUACUCAAAUACACGUUGCCAAGAAUUGAGGAACUGUGAUCAACUUCUCUCACAAUUUGCACUUGCUCCUUUUAUCACAGUGGCAUUGAUGGGAUUUAUAGAUCUGAUUGAUUGGUGGAAGCAACUAUCGGAUGAAUACAGGGUACUUUUUUAUAAUGCUUUGUAUCCUAACAGCACAUCCUCUGCUGCAUCCAGCCUGGAGUUACACUACAUUACUACUUAUUUAAGUCAGAUAAUGGAUAUAAUUAGUGUUUUUAAUAUACCUGGAAAAAGCUUCCAGGGCUUCAUCUAACCAGAUUGUAACAGCAGGUGUAUUUAAGUGGAGAUAACUUGCAUUUAUUGUACGUCUGUGAACAAAAUAGGAUAAAACAGACAUCCAGUACACUGAAGUAAUAACGCUGUUCUGGUUGAUCCGAGUGUUUCUGAGUGAAAUCAGCCUUAUUUAGACUCUAAAGUUUGUGUUUUUUCUUGCCGUUGACGUUUGGAUGUCUGAAUAUUACGUACACAUAUGAAUGGCCUGUGCAGUCUUCCUAACGCAACCUGUAGCACGCCGACGCCUCAGCUCAACACACAGCAGCUGCUCCGUCACUCAGACUUUUACUGCGUCGCUCUGACUCUCUGUACGGAUCAUCAUCAGCAGCCGUUGUAUAGACCCGGCCCGAUAUUUGUGCGCUCGUGGAAACACAAAACCAAAGAAAAAAGUGCAGCACUCGACGUGAACUGUAUUUGGUUUAACUGCUCACAUAAAAAAGUACACUACGUGAUGACAUCUGAUGUCCCUGAGGAAUGUCUUUACAAGUCACCUCGCCGCUCACACAUUGACAGUUCUGCCUUCAGCCCUCUCAAAGAGACGCUAAUAUCUUCUUCUGAACAACAAAAUGUUCAUUUUUGAAUCUCUUUCUUGUGUUUCUUUUGUAAAAAACUGACGAGUGAAAGUCUCAGACGCACAGCGAGUGUGUACAGAGCCCUGAAGUGAAGAGUACAGCGUCAGUAAAUUCAUACACUCUCAGACAGAAUAGUUUUAUAAGCACAUCUAAGGAAAUGUGUUUAUUUGCUUUCUUGCUGAGAGUUAUAUCAGAAGACCACUCUAAUAUUCAGUAUAUAUAUCAGUUUAAUACUCUAUAUUAGGGAGAUUGGCUGUGCAGUUAUUAUUAAUGUUUGCCUCCGGGUCGGAUUCCCUCUUGAAAUCAAUGAAGCGAGGCGGUGGAAACACUACCGCUUUUGUCCACAGGGGCCGCCAGAAUCGACUAAAACUGAAAGUUGCUGCUGCUUUAAAUAUAAAGCUACCGCCAGCACACACAAUCUGCCACAAUCUGAAAUUAAUGUAUUUAAUUUCCACAAAAAAAGACUCGAAGAAAGCAAAUAAACACAUUUCCUGAUAUUUUGAACUAUUCCUUUAACAGUUUGAUGAUUCCUAUCAAACAAUGUGAGUUUAAAAUGAACAUUUAAAGGAUAUUUCUUCCUGUUCCCCCUCUGAUCUGAGCUCUAAUUAACUGUAUGAGGCUUUCUUCCUCUCUCAAACACCACAACCGACUCACCUUUAAACCCAAACACCGGUUAAUAUCCAUAAGUUUCUAUAUUGAACCAGAAACCUAAACUUGAUGGUUCUGACUCAUCUAAUAAGUUGAAUUGAAUGUUUUCUCCGUCAUGUGUUACGAGUCUUUAACAGUUUUUCUCGUUAAUCUGAAGCUAACCAAAGCACAUCAGAUCAAACAGUAUAAUUGAUGCAGUUUUAAAUAAUUUGAAUAAAAAACGUGACUCGGACGUUUUUAUUGGAUGUCUACACGAUGAGUGCCUUCGUAAACCUUCAGGCUUCAGACCCGCGGGAGAACGAAAACAUAAACCAUAAACCGUUUUAUCAUUUGACUCGUGUGCUCUCGGUUCUUAAAGCUGCUACGUGCCGAGUUUGAAACCUGAUGACUUUUGCAGCCUCCUAAAUCCCUUUUUAAUGGUAGUGUAUUACAUCACAGCAAAUCCCACAGAGCUGCUUAGAAGGUGUGUCGAGGGAUUAGGAGGUUUAUGGGUUUUUUUGUUUUCUUGUUUCUCCGUCAAAGGCUCCGUUUUCUUUUUAUUGUCGAGGGUCGAUCUGUUGGAAGUGUGUUGUUUUAAGCUUCCUCCCUCUGAAAUUGGAGUUGAUUCACACAAAAGUGAGACGGUUCUCUUCCGGAAAUUGUCUGUAUCGAAUAAAUAACUACGUUUAUUCUCCCAAAAAUCUAUUUUAUUCUUCUACAUGUAGCAGCUUUAACUUCCAACACUUGUAAAACAGCCUUAAAAAUCGCUCAUGUCAUUUGCGAAAUAACAAGGUGUGCUCCUCGCUUGCUCAAACAUUUGCACUCGUUUUGUGGUUCUGUGUUUUAAAUCCUGCAAAACUGCAACUACCUGAUCCUCUUUUGGGCUUUAUUAUACACAGGCACACGGUGCUCCUCGUACAGUAACUGAACUGUAACGCAACCCAGCACAAAGAAAGGUUCUUUAAAUUACACACCAGCAAACUGUACCUAAUAGUUGAACUGUGUGUUUCCUUGCUUUUACAAACAAAGAUUAUUGGAUGUGUAAAUGUGGUGAUGUGCUUCUCAGGGUAAACUUCUCCUGAUGAGAAAUUAUCGACAUGUUUUCACCCUGGAGGGACUACGACGGAGUAUUAUUUAUUAUUUAUUUAUUUAUUAUUCCUAAGAGGAAAAAUAAAUAAAAUUUGGGAAAUUACGAGAAUAAAGUCGCAAUAUUACGAGAAUAAUGUACAAAAGAAACAAUUUCUUCCAAGUCCGUGUGGUUCUUUCUUGGAAAUAGACUCAGUCGUUUGCACAUUUGUUCCAAAGUCCUGAUACUGAUAAUAAUUUGAUGCUGAUGAGCCAAAAGAUUAAGUAUUUCCUUAUUUGUGAAACCGAUACCAAAGUAUAACUUCACAAGGGGCUCAACAUUCCUCAUUCUAACGCAGCGGGAAGAUAAAAUUACUACUUUAUUCUCGUAAUGUUACGACUUUAUUCUCGUAAAGUCUCAGUCUGGCCCUAAUACUCCGUCGUAAGGGACAAAAAAAACCCAACAAUUCUUAAAAUUUUUGAACACGAUUGUAAUGUGACACAACGAGGUGAUGAACGAGCUCACGAUGGAUUCAUUUCGAUGUAAAUGUCACGCGUCGGUGCGACUCUAAAUCAAACAGCGAGGGCUUCUUUAAAGCCGACUGUAUCAACUUCGAGCAGUCGCACGAAGUAAAAAAAAAAAUCGUUAGAAGAUCUUUUUUUUUUUCUACUUAAAGUGGCCUCAAUAGACCAGAAUGCAUUUCAACCAGUUUGGUAGUUUGGUUGGAGUGAGGGGGGUAUUAAUGUAAUCACAGUCACGCCUUAGUGUUCACAGCCCUGCUUUAGUGGUUGAAUAUAACGGAUGCACCAAUAAUAACUAAUUAUAACCCUUCAGAUAUUGAUGAUAUUUGAUAAAAAAGGGGAGAUUUAUACCUUUUAAAAACAUUUUUCUUCUAAUGUUUGCUUUGCUCCCUCUGACAAAGCCCCCCAAAAAAAUGCAUAAAAACCCACGAGAGAGCCUUAGAGGUAUUAAAUCCAACCGAUGAUGACGUACUGAAUAUUCAGAUCAUCGUCCACCCUUUUUCUAACGAAUGGCUUUCGGCUGUUAAAUCGGUUUCGACCUGUCAUUGGAAACGUCUGACGUCAUAUUUAUACUGUAUAGCAUUCAUCAUAAUCAUUCAUUAAAUCACUAUAGUGGGACAAAAAAAAAAAAAAAAAAAGGUUUUAAUGUGUUUUGUGUUUGUGUAUAAGCGAGUUAAUCCGAGAACAUGUGAAGCUUGUUGUUGUUACCAUCCGUCAUUACUCCUGUUCUUCGAUCCAUGAAUGACCAUACUACUGUUUGUUUGGACGAUUAGUCUCAAUCCUAUCAUAGUUAUUAUACUGAUAUGAAUUUAAUAAAGUGAUUCCAUACUUUG